AUGGAACCGGUUGCCAUGGUGACCAGUGCUGUCACCAUUCACUUCCUCUGUAGUGACAACGACUGCGACGACACCAUGACGUCCUCCGAUCAACUGAUGACGGUCUUCACCGGCAUCAUCUUUCCGAUCUUCUGCGGCGUCAACAUCGUCGGCAACAGCAUCAACGUCGGCGUGUUCACGCGCAUGGGCGCGGGCCCCUGCCGCCUGCUGCUGCGGGCGCUCGCCGUUGCCGAGGCGACGCACGGGGCCUGCUUCCUAGCGCAGAAACUGCUGCUCGCCUACUGCGGCGCCACCUGCGUGCCGUGCCUCGUCAUAGGCGCCGAGAAGGUCGGCGACCUCGCGUUCUACACGGCUAACUACAUCGUCGUCGGCGUGAGCGUGUUUCGCUGCAUCGCGAUCGUCGCGCCGCUGCGCAUGCGCGUGUUGUGCACGCUCGAGCGAGCGCGCCACGUCAUCGUCGCGUCCGCGAUCUGCGCCGCCGUCAAAGAGAUUCCUUACUGGGUGCGGAUCGUAUACCCAUACGACCCAACCCUGCGCGUGCUCGAACCCAUCAACCAAACACUCGGCCGGCUGCUGCCGUGCGCAGCGGUUGCCGCGACGACGGGCGUCGCCGUCGUCAGCUACCGGCGGCUUCGCGGACAGCUCGGCGUCGCGCUGCGGCAGCGGAGGCGCCACCGUGCGGACGAUCACGUGGUGCGCAUGCUGCUGGUGCUGCUCGCCAUCUUCGUCGUGACGAACGUUUACUGCGCCGCGCUCAUCCUGCUGCGAAUCUACGACGUGCAGGCCGUCGCUCCGCUGCUCUUCACCGAACCGAUCGCGAUCGGCGUCAACUCGUGCGUCAACUUCUUCCUGUACGUCGCCAUGAUGCCGGACUACCGCGCCGCGCUGCGCGCUUCGGCGCCCCUCUUGCUCGCCUACGUGCCGGUGGGCCACGCUUGGAGUGAAAAUCUCCGGGCCGCGAAUUGA